AUGGCUUGGAGUGCUGCGAGGAGCUUACACUUGCCGACAAUCGACUUGGGCGCAUUGCGCACCCGGACUCCGUUAGCCGUGGGCGUGGGAUUUGCUUCGGCGGCAGGCUCCACUUUUUGGCGAUCCUCGGCUUCAUCGAAGCCCUCUUCGCGCUUCGCUUGCUUAGCCAUUUCCACUGACGCUCGAAUCAAGGAAGCUGUUCACACAGACAAGGCCCCAGCUGCAUUGGGACCCUAUUCUCAGGCCAUCAAAGCCAACAACUUUGUCCAUGUGUCUGGUGUUCUUGGUCUGAUUCCCGAGACUGGGAAGUUCAUAUCUGAGAAUGUUGAAGAUCAGACAGAGCAGGUUCUAAAAAAUAUGGGGGAAAUACUGAAAGCAAGUGGCGCCAACUAUUCUUCUGUGGUUAAAACAACAAUUCUGUUGGCUGACUUGAAAGACUUCAAGAAAGUCAAUGAGAUCUAUGCUAAAUAUUUUCCGUCACCAGCCCCAGCUCGUUCAACAUUUCAGGUAGCGGCAUUGCCGUUGGAUGCCAAGAUUGAAAUUGAGUGCAUUGCAGCACUGUAA